AUGGAGGUAGCUGACGAGGCAUUACGCCACGGCGGCGCCGCGAGAAAACGGCUUGCAUGUUCCAACUGUCGUCGGAGGCGAAAAAAAUGCGAUCUCACUUUCCCCUGCGGCAACUGCCAGCGGCUGAACCUGGAAUGCAACGUGAACGAAGAAGAUUUACGUAAGAAACGAUACGCAGCGUCCUACGUCAAGUCGCUUGAAAACCACAUCGCCCACCUAGAGACCUCUUUAAAGAAUCUCGUCGACAAAGUAUACCCUAACGACGAGCUUCACGCGCCGAUCAUCUCCAACGACAGCCACCACCACCGUCACUCCACCGCCCGCAAGAACGACAAGAGGCGGACGUUCGGCAAGGGGAGCUUCUACCCGGGCAGCAGUGACACCGGCCCCGGCGCCGGGGCCGCUGCGCAGCAGACACACGCCGAGCGGAUCGCGGAUCUGCACACCGCGGUGAUCGUGCGACCGCAGCCGCGCAGCGGCGCGGUCGGCGGCAACGCGCUCAACAGCGACGCCAAGAUCCUGCAGUCGCUCUCCAACUUCUACACGUGGCUCUACCCGGGCCAUUUCAUCUUCGUGCACCGCGAGAGCUUCCUGUACGGGUUUUUCAACCACGCGGAGAACGAGUAUGCGGACUCGCACUACUGCUCGCCGGAACUGGUGUACGCGAUGUGCGCCGUCGGCAGCAGGCUGUCGCCCGAGCUGGCGGCUAUGUCCGAAGUGUACUACGAGCGCAGCAAGGCGCGGCUGUUGCAGCUCGUGUUCGACGAGCGCAGCGCUGCGCGCAUAACCACCGUGCAGGCGCUGUUCUGCCUCGCGUUCUACGAGCUGGGCAAGGGCGACAACGAGAUCGCGUGGUAUCUGAGCGGGCUGGCGAUCCGCGUCGGCUACGAGAUGGGGUUCCAGCUGGACCCGCAGGUGUGGAUCACCGCAGAGGACCCUGUGCCGCUGACCAAGAGCGAGCUCGAGAUCCGGUCGCGGAUCUACUGGGGUUGCUACGUCGCGGACCAUCUGAUCUGCGUGCUGCUGGGACGCACUCCGACGCUGUCCCUCAGCAACUCGACCAUCUCGCAGAGCGACGAGCUGCCCGAGAUCGAGGGCACAGAGGAGUUCAAGUACCAGGGCCAGCAUGUGCUGCGUGUCGCUUUGCCGCUCAAGAACCUGAUCGUACUGUCGCGUAUCGUGCAGAUCUUCACCGCGCGCAUCUUUAUCGAGACGGGGCCGACCGCGGACAAGCUCGUGCUGCUCACGCGUUGCAACUCGCAGGUGUACAACUGGCGCGUGUCGCUGCCGCCCCGGCUGCGCUGGACGCACGCGUCGCUGCGCGACGCGCAGCUCGCGACCGACCCAACGAUCGCAUACUUCUGGUACUAUUACUACACCGUGCGGCUGGUGUUCAACAAGCCGUUUAUCGGGGAUUGCCGCGAAGCGCGCGCCGUGGUCCGUGAGACGGUCGACGAUCUGCGCGCGGUGUUCACCCAAUUCAAGACGCGGUUCGGCGAUUUCCGGCACGCCACGCUGCAGCAGCUGUACGCGUGUCUCUUGGCGAUCCAGUGUCUCCGGGAGCUCGUCAAGGAGGACAACGCUGAGCACGAUGACGCGGACGGCGCCGACGCGGAUAACCUGCAGUUCUUCUCGCACGUUUUCAACAAGUACCUGGGCGCGACAUACGGAUUGCCCGGACGGCUGCGCCGGCUGGAGGAGCAGGGUAACGUGGCGGCGGCGUCGGUAGCCGCCGGAGCCGCCAGCGGCAACCACGGCGUCCAGCAGCCGAUCGAAGUGAGCAAUAUCAAUCUCGUGCACGACUUCUCGCUCAGCAAGGAGAUUGACGAUCUGAUCAAGGAGCUGUUUGGUCACGCGGAUGUCGCGUGA